AUGGCUAUCAUGGGACUCAGAACAGGGCCCAUAAUUUACAAGGGCCCCAAAAUGAAAAAACGUUUGGCCCUACUAUAUGAAAAGAUGGAAAAAAUCAUUUGUAAUUACACAUUCUAUGGACUACAGGCCCCAAUUCCGGAUUAUGGUGGAGACGGUGUUGAUUAUAGUUAUCUAUUUGCAACAAAUGAAAUAUUUGAUGGAUUUGAAAACGCAGCGAAUUGGGCAAAGCAAGUGGCUAUCGGAUCGGGGUUCAUAUUGAUAAGUAGCUCGUACAAAACGACGGAAAAAGAUGGUCGUAAGUACCGCUACUUGAAAUGCGAUCGGGGAAGGAGGGAAAACAAUUGUAGGGAUCCAGAGACCGCAAAACGACCAAACACAAAGAGUAAGGCAUGUGGUUGUCGGUUUAUGAUUAAGUGUGAACAACAACGAGUAGAAGAAAAUAAUUGGGUUAUUGAGUUGCUUCAUGAUCGUGACACACAUAAUCACACAUUGAUUGUAUAUCCCGAGGGUCACCGUGGUGUUAGUGGUCUUAGUCAGGGUGCAAAGGAAGUUGUUCGCGAGAUGAACGAUGCACAAGCUAAGCCAAAAAAUAUUAUGGUGGCCAUUAAAAACAAGUUUCCAGAUGAACAUCCCAACAUGAGGCACAUUUACAACUUCAAAGAAAAGAUGAGACGAGAAGGUUCAGAAGGAAGAAACGUUGCUGAGAAGAUGUUGCAUCUAGCCAGAGAGCACGACUACAUAAACUGGGUCUCUUGCAGUGACCGUACGAGUAAAGUCAUAAACCGCGCAUUCUUAGCUCACCCUGCAAUGGUGGAGGUGUUACGCACAUAUCCACUGGUUAUUGGUUUGGAUUCGACGUACAAGACUAACAGAUAUGGAUUUCCUUUCUUGGAGAUUGUUGGUGUGACACCGACAAAUCAGAAUUUCCUAAUCGCUUAUGCAUUUAUGAAAGACGAGACUGCAGCGAGCUACCGUUGGGUGUUACAGAAGUUGAAGCUGCUCCUCGGGGAGGGUGUCAUUCCCUCGGCAAUAUUGCCAGACAAAGAGGGUGGUCUAAUGAGACCUGUUGCCGAGGUUUUUCCAAAUUCCAGACAUUUGCUAUGUACUUGGCAUAUCAACAACGACGUGGAGGCCCGCGUAUCAUUUUUGUGCAACAAGAACAAAGACGUUGGUCGAGCGUUCAAGAACGGAGUUUGGAAAAGAAUCAUGGAGGCGUCGACUGUGGAAGAAUAUGAUCGUGUAGUUGCAAGCAUGGAAGAUCACUAUGCAAAAGUUUGUUCUAGCUUGGACGAAUGA